UAUCUAGGGUUCCUCCUUCCUCUAAUUUCUAAAUAUGGAAAGUAAUUACACCCCACUUUCCAAGAAUUCAUCUUUUGUUGAGUUACAAUUAAAAGAUGACAACUUUAUACAAAAUGGGUAUUCAAAAGAUGAUGAUCUUGAUGUUUCUGAUAUUGAUUUUGAUAAAUUACCCCUUAUUUUUGGUGAAAAUAAAUCAAGGUCUGGUAUAUAUGGUGCUGUUUUUAAUCUCACAACAACAAUUAUUGGUGCUGGUAUUAUGGCAUUACCUGCCACAAUGAAAGUAUUAGGUUUGGUUCUUGGAAUUGUACUGAUAUUCUUGAUGGCUAUUUUAUCCGAAAUAAGUGUCGAAUUGCUUGUUCGUUUUACUGUUUAUUGCAAAGCGUCGUCGUAUGGAGAGGUUGUUGAAGCUGCAUUAGGGAAAAUAGCUAAAGUUAUUUCCGAGAUUUGCAUUAUUGUUAACAAUGCUGGUGUUUUGGUUGUGUAUUUGAUUAUAAUAGGUGAUGUUUUGUCCGGUUCACUUCGUCAUAUUGGUGUUUUUGAUCAAUGGCUAGGUCAUGGUGUUUGGGAUCAUAGAAAGUUGGUGAUUUUGAUUAUGUUGGUUUGUUUUCUUGCACCACUUUGUGCUUUGGAUAAGAUCGAUUCGUUAAGUUUUACUUCGGGUGCUUCUGUAGCUCUCGCGAUUGUAUUCAUGUUGGUUGCUUUCACUAUAGCGUUUAUUAAGCUUGUCGAAGGGAAAAUUGAAGUUCCGAGAAUGACCCCGGAUUUCGGGUCUAAAAAGGCAAUAUUAGAUUUGCUUGUGGUGAUUCCUAUCAUGUCAAAUGCUUAUGUUUGUCAUUUUAAUGUUCAGCCUAUUUAUAAUGAGCUCGAAGCCCGUUCACCUCAGAAGAUGAAUCGGGUUGGACGGAUUACUAGUGUUAUAUGUGUUUUGGUUUAUGCUUCAACUGCAAUAGCUGGUUAUUUACUUUUCGGAAACGAUACUGAAUCAGAUGUGCUAACUAACUUUGAUAAAGACCUUGGGAUUCGUUUCAGCAUGCCUUUAAAUUACAUAGUCCGUGUUGGCUACGUUUUUCAUCUGGUUUUAGUUUUCCCUGUUAUUCAUUUCUCACUUAGACAGACAGUGGAUGCCUUGUUAUUUAAAGGAUCGGUUCCGCUCACAGAAAGUAGGAAGAGGUGUUUGGCUCUGACGGUUGUUCUUUUGGGACUCAUAUAUCUUGGAUCAACUAUGAUUCCUAAUAUUUGGACGGCUUUCAAAUUUACAGGGGCGACAACAGCAGUCUCUUUAGGAUUUACAUUUCCGUCUCUAAUUGCUUUAAGGUUGAGCAAAGAAGGGAUUGCAUUGAGCCACAAGGAGAAGAUAUUGUCUUGGUUCAUGCUAGUAUUGGCCAUUGUAGUUAGCAUUGUUGGAGUGGUUGGAAAUAUUUAUAGCAUCACCAGCUAGAAGGAUUUACUUUUAUUGGCUUCCAUACAUUAGAAAACUUUAACUUCAUACCUUUGGUCAUUGCAUUUUCUGGCCCAGUGUGGAUAAGUUAGUCACAAAGCAGUUUGUAGAAGCAAAAGGCCCUGAUAUGAGUCUUGCACAACCAUUUUGGCAGGAGCAGAUCAAGUUUUACCGUAAACCAAAUUGUGGAUGCCAUCUGUGUCACACUUUGCUGCUUGUGGAGAGUGACAAAAGAUUGCUGCAGCUGUUAGAGAUUGCAAAUACCUAAACCACACAGCUCCCAGCUAAGUAUAUGUUGUUGAUAGUUCCGUGGUCCUAGUAGACUGGUACUUUCUUGUAAUUGCCAACAGUAGCCAUCAAAUUUCUAGAAGCGCUCCCUUGCCAUGUUGGGACAACUAUACCAUGUACAGCAAACAUGAUUUUAUGAAUACAAUAAUUCAAUGACAUUCCUAAUUCUUCUUCCUUCAAGUUUUAAAGCUUGCAUAAUAAUUUGCAACUUAUAGCCUGUCUUUUUAUGAUUAUUUGUCUUUAUGUUUGUCAAAAGUUCCUACGUUUGUUUGGGGAAUACAUAAAAUUUAGUGAACUUGUUUCUGUUAAUCUAGAGCGCUGCAAUGUCUUUUAACUGUCCUUUUAUCAGAAGAUAGACUGGCUGAAGUUUAUAAAAGAGCUAACAUGCUUGAAUGUGUUAUCGAGUAGUUUUUGUUACAGCAUCUGUGAAAAUAAUAUAGUGGACCAUUAUUGUUAAAAACGAAAGAUGCAUUUCAGCUUUCCUUUGCCCCAGAAAUUGUUUCUUGAAAGAGAAGAAAGUGGAUACUGGUAGCAGAUGUUCUCCUAUAUGUUCCCAUGUCUGACUGCUUCUUAUUGUUGGAAGUUGUAGUUGUUUAUCAGUCAAUCAAUCAAUUACGCCUUGUCACAAAUUUGUUAGGUAG